UCCACACGGAUAUUCUCACAACCCAUUACAUCUGCUGUAGAUCAUCCAGAGGAGCGGGGUGUGCGUUUAACAACCUGUCUGUUAUUCCACAGCUCAACAACAGGAAGAAAGAACACUGGAAAGCCAAUGAUGUAUAGCAGCUUAUAUGCAUCCCAUUUUUAUAACUAAUUAAUUUUCUAUUCAAGGAUGGAAAUCAAAUAGAGGGGGAUUUUCUGAAGUUUUGCAGAAGCUGCCACUGGAUUGCAUGGGAUAACGUUUUGAAAAAACAUUGCAACGAGGUAAACGAUGAACAGUAUAAAAGCAUAUGUGCACUAGACUGUUUCUGAUACUGGAAAUCAGUGGAUCUUUUUAUUAAAGCACUUUUUUGUUUCCGCGCACUCGGGACUCUUACGCAUCCGUCAUUUCCAUUGCACUGAUUCAAGACGGCAUCGAAAUCUCUCGUGUGUGGAUUUGAAAAAAAGUCAGAGCUCUUUGAGGCGGAGGAUGGAUGAGCAGAGUCAUCUGAUGCAGACCCUGGUCGGUGUGACCCUCAGCGGACACCCGGUGGCUUUACCGGUGCCUCAUGACGGAACCGACGCGAGAAACAAGCAGGACAUCGGAGACAUUCUGCAUCAGAUCAUGACCAUCACCGACCAGAGCCUGGACGAGGCUCAGGCAAAAAAGCACGGGCUGAAUUGUCACAGAAUGAAAGCGGCUCUGUUCAGCGUGCUCUGUGAAAUCAAAGAGAAAACAGGUCUCAGUAUCCGUGGCAGUCAUGAUGAAGAUCCUCCGGAUCCUCAGCUCAUGCGUCUGGAUAACAUGCUGCUGGCAGAGGGCGUGUCCGGACCGGAGAAAGGGGGCGGGGCAUCGGCGGUUGCUGCGGCAUCAGCAGCAGUGGGUGUGGGAUCUGAUAACUCCAUCGAGCACUCGGACUACAGAGCCAAACUCAGCCAGAUCAGACAGAUCUACCACACCGAGCUGGAGAAAUACGAGCAGGCGUGUAAUGAGUUCACUACCCAUGUGAUGAACCUGUUGAGGGAACAGUCUCGCACGCGGCCCAUCUCACCCAAAGAGAUCGAGCGCAUGGUGAACAUCAUCCACAACAAAUUCAGCUCCAUCCAGAUGCAGCUCAAGCAGAGCACCUGUGAGGCAGUCAUGAUCCUCAGGUCUCGCUUUCUUGAUGCCAGGAGAAAAAGGCGCAACUUCAGCAAGCAGGCGACAGAGAUUCUGAACGAGUACUUCUACUCUCACCUCAGUAACCCGUAUCCCAGCGAAGAGGCCAAAGAGGAGCUGGCCAAAAAAUGUGCUAUCACUCUGUCACAGGUUUCUAACUGGUUUGGUAAUAAACGUAUCCGCUAUAAGAAGAACAUUGGUAAAUUCCAGGAAGAGGCCAAUCUGUACGCGGCGAAGACGGCAGUGACGGCGACUCAAGCCGUAGCGGCCGCUAUACACAACAGCCAGACCAACUCGCCCGCAACACCCAGCUCUGGCUUUCAGAUGAAAGAUGAAGACUUUCAAUUGGAUGCAGCAGAAGAUAAAAAUAAUCUGUUAAACAACAUGUUCACGGGUUCUUCGGGUUCGUAUAGUUUGCCAGGUUCAGGAGACAUUUUUAUGAGCAUGUCCGGCCUGAAUGGAUCCUACCAGCCAACCCAGCUCCCCAACACAGGACAGACACAGGGAGACUCCAUACGUCACACUAUCGGUCAGUCGUUGGGUUACAGCGACGGUCUGCGGGGAAACCCGCUUUACAGCCCACAUGGCUUGAAUGGUAACGGUGGCUGGCAUGAUGCUGUGACUCCGUCUUCUAUGACAUCUCCUAUAGAGGGAGCAAACAGCAUCCACUCGGAUACCUCUAACUGACCAGGCCUGCCGUCUGAAGUCCCUUAACUAACCCGCAGGACAUCCAACACCACCCAACAAAAUCUCAGACGAGAACUAAGAGAGAUGAGCAAGAAAAUGAAACAGACUCAAAAACACUUACUUUGACCAAAAGAGCACCACGUUGCAAAAAUGAACCGAAAGGAUUGAUGGUACCAGUUUUCUUUCCAUAACUGGCGAUACCUCAAUAAACAUGGCCAACAUCUACGAUUGUGGAAAGGAAGGAUGCUUUUGUCAUAAUCUCUGUGAACAUCUUUGAAUAGGUUUCAAAAUACAGUAUAUCAUGAUUUAAAUUAACUUGUAACGCUGUCUUAUUAAACAAUACAGAAAGUUCGUUCUUAAAGCCAAUUUUUCUCGUACAGAUCAACAACAUUAUUGAUUUUUAAAUAGUGUAUUUAAUGAUUUAGCUUGAGCAUUAAUGUUAUUCAUCAUAAAUAUCACUUACCUUUUGUUUUUACUAAGACUUUAACAAAUUAUAACAUAUGACAUCAACAUUGCGGUGUUGCAUAUUCAGAUUCAUAUUGGGUUGCAGAAGUAAAAUGCCACUGAUGAUCUCCAUAAAGAAAUUGAUUUUUGGCAAUAAUGUACAAACUGUGGAUGUGUACUGUAUGAAGUGAUUUUAUAUACUUUAGUGGAACCGAUUCGUUUCUUUCAGGUCCAGAUUUGAUUACAAAUACAAUGUCUUUGGAGAAAAUGCAUGGAAAAUGAUAAUCAUUAUCAAUAACAGUGUCAAAUUUUUACAUCAUUUAUCUAAUUAUUUUAUAACACCUCCUACUUCGCAUUGCUGUUAACAGGGAGAUAAUGCAAACCAAAUUUAAUUUGAUAAUGGCAUAUGAAUGAUUAAACAUAAUCAGCACACAUACUGUAUCUGCACAUAAAAAUUUGGUAUGUUAUUCUUUUCUUACUCUAUACAUUUGAAUUAUUCAUGUUCUGUAAGACAGGCUAAACUGAUUCCUUUUAAGUUUGAUUUAAUUUUAAAUUCAUCAGUUCAUUUGGGUUGUUUAUAAUUAGCAAUGCCAUUUUGAGAAGUUGUGAUAUAAAAAAAAAAAAUAAUGUAUUAACAGAAUUUACACUGAGCAACUGAGAAGAAUAUUUCAUGUAAUAUUAUUAGUUUUUGAUAAAUUACUUGUGUUUCGGGCCAAAAAAGUGUUUCAAUAAACAUUUUGAAUUGUAAUUCUUA